AUGACCGUGUGGAACAAAGCCAAGGCAUACUCGAGUUCUUCGUCCUCGGCCGCUCCGCAGACCAGCACAGACACUUCCUCUCCAAAAGAUUGCAACAGUGAAUGCGAGGCUGCCAAGGAGCGGAACCCUGAAGUGUGCGGUACCAUCACCAGUGUGACAAACGAGAGAGGCCAACAACGCCGAAGCAAGAAGGAGAAAGAGAACCGAUACCAUGGCGGUGCUGCGGCAGAAGAGAAGAACACCGGCCACUCCAAGAGACAAACGAGACACAGAUCUGGGGGCAAAUAUCGGGCCCGAUCCUGGUCUUCUGGCUCUAGCGAGGCGGGCUCGAGCUCAAGUGGGAACCUGGGUGACAAGUCAUUCAGAAGCAAGGCGGUUAGAGUCAGGCACAAAUCCAGAGAAGUUGGGAAGAGUAAGAGACAGCGUAAUAGCGGACAGUUGAAGCUUCAGCUGAAGGCUAUUGACAAGGAGGAGCGACGGAAUGCAGGAGGAAGCAGAGCCACUGCGGGCACGGGCAAACCACCUCAGCUUUACAAAAAGAGUAGAAGAUCCCUAAAAGAGGUUUCUCACGAUCCAGUCUGGGCGCAAGAAAAUGAGGUGGGCUUUGAGGACAGAAACGCAAAGGAAUACAUGGAGGAGCCACUUUGGUACACUGAGCCCAUCACAGACUAUUUUGUACCUUUUAGCAGCAAACAAAGCAAGCUGGAGACAAAGUAUCGAAGCAAAGUGGGCUUUCCCGAAGACUUGGCCCUGUCAGCAGACAUGGCUUUGCUGCCGGAGAGAAUCCAGGGAAUCUGUUUUGCCAACGAGAACUACCAGAGAACAUACCUUGCUGCGGGCUCAUUUGUCGACGGCCACUUUGUGGAAGCGCCCGGCGAAGCAGAGGAGGAGACUGCUGAACUCAUUGGGACCUCUAGCUGCCCUCAGCCAGAGGAUAGUGGACAUUUAGAUGACAAGCAUCUGCCAGAAUUCACCGACUUCUAUGAAGUUGAUAUUUAUCAAUCCAUAUUGGAUACUAGUGCCUCAGACUCGUUACAAGAGAGUCGGAUCCUCGGCAUGAUUCGACAAAAGAGCAACGAGCAAAGAGAAUCUUGUUUAGUGUUAGAUGGCCUGGAGCAGCAAGGGAACAGUGCAAUAAGGACAGACUUGGAGGAAGCUUCGGGAUCUUAUGGGUUUCUCAUGGAGGAUCUCGACAAUUUGGCUCAAGUCUGGGGAUGUUACUCGCCCUCUACUUCAGACGAUAUAGACGGAGAAAGCUUCUUGGGCGACUCACCCGUUCGGCUCUCCCCCCUCCUUGAUAGCGUUUCUUUCACCCUGAGGAAUCUAUCCGGAAAUCUGGUGGAGCCGCAAAUUCCCGAGGCCGUCGGCGAGCCGUCUGGCUUAAACUCGUCUUGCUUCUCUCUUUUUGAGCUGCAGUAUGACAGUCCCACUCUUUCUUUUCCCCACGAGUCCCUCUCCGUCGCUCACGAGAGCAACGCCGAUCCCGGUAGCUGUCUCGACCCGCAUGCUAAUAAACAGUCUCGUUUGCUGAUAUGGACCAAAAAUAGUGCCUUUGAUGAAACUGAACACUGCUCCAACCUUUCAACACGUACAUGCAGCCCAUGGUCACAUUCAGAAGAGACUCGUUCAGACAACGAGCACGGGAAUAUUCCCACAGAGGAGCCGGCCGCUCUGAUUGGCACUGAAGAAAUUGAUUGUAUCAUCCCUCCUAUUUCUGGUACAUAUCUAGAAGAUGAAAUCUUGGACUUCUUGCAGGAAGACUCUGGGCGCAAAUGUGAGGAGACGAGUGUUUGCACAGCAUCCUGUCAGACGUACACCAAAAAAUCGAAAUUGGAGUCCCUUUGUGGAAUAGCGUUGGAAGACGACGAGAGUAAACCGUACAGCGCGGGCGUUUUCUCAGAUAACACAAAGCAACAGAAGGGCGAGUACAGCUCAGGAAUAAUCAAAGAUAUUUGGUCUGCAGUCGGGGAGGCCAAGUUGGUGGUGUCAAGGCAAAGCACGAAGAAAAUGAGCGAGACGGUCUUUUCCGAAGACUCUGGUGGUUACUGUGGCAGCUGUCUGGAGGUGCAGGCCAAAGGUGUUCAGAAAAAAGCAGUGCAGCGCUCAGAGUAUCACCUCUGGGAGGGCAAGAACGAAGAACAGGACUUGGCCAAAAACAAACUCUCCAAGUUAGAUGGCGCCGGGGAUUACAUGACUCCGUCCAAACCCUGGGACUUGAGAUCAGAUAAAGACGGUACAUCUUUCAUCAUCGGUGGCGUGUACGGAGAGUUCAAGACGUUAAGUUGCGAUAAGAAUUGGGCUGUCGUGCCACCAAAUGAAUCUCAACGUAGCUCGCUCCAGUCUGCCGCCGCAUCUGCUUCUAGUUCCGAGAUGCUCACAAUCGCCGGCGCGGACGUGUUCGUCAACAAGGGCAGCUGCUUUGCUCCAGGACACCGGCGCCUGUGGCGGCCUCUUGUGUCCUUCGGCCAAAGCGAGCGCGCCAUUACGGGGAGCCGAGACGGCUUGAAUAAGGGAUUUUCUUUGAUCUUCCGGGAAGAUUUGCUGGGAUCUUACGACGGCUUGCGUAGCGAGGAGCAACGUUUAGAAUACCCAUUUGCCUCCUUCGACCUGAACAAUCCCUUCUCUCAAGUUCUCCAUGUCGAGUGUUCCUUCGAGCCAGAGGACAUGGCUUCCUUCAGUCCAGGGUUCAAGCCCAAAUCUAUUCUGUGCUCUGACUCUGAGAGCGAAGCCUUCUGCCCGCAAAUUUAUGGCAUCAACCAAACGCAGUACAGGGCCAUUCGCAUUUCCCCCAGGACUCAUUUCCGGCCAAUAUCGGCCUCAGAGUUGUCUCCCGGCGGAGUGAGCGAUUCGGAGGCCGAGACCGACAAAGAGGAGGCGAGUUUUCCCGUCCUGGCGCCGGUGGAUGUCUGCGAUGAUCCGCAGGCAGAUCUCAAACCACUAGAGGAGGACGCAGAAUGUGAAGGCCCGUAUUAUGGGAAAUCUGAACUGGAAUCUGGUAAAUUCCUGCCCAGAUUGAAGAAGUCUGGCAUGGAGAAGAGUGCCCAGACCUCUCUGGAUUCACAGGAAGGCCCCAGUGUCCUUCUGCCCAUUGCUGAACAAGAAAGAUUUUUAGACUGCCAAACAGCAGAAGAUGCAUCAGCUGCAGGUGGGCAGAAGAACACCUCAGUUGGCCCUCUGCAAAAAGAGGGCUCUCCGGGGGAAAAACAGACGUACUUGUGUGCAGCGGCAGGCCAAAUCCCCAAAUACGGGAUUGCGUACGACUUUGUCGGAGACGUGCCAGAGGUGAGUUGUUUCCUCGAACUGCUCUUAAAACACGUGAUGCAAGCAUUCGCUGUUAUAUCACCCUCUCGUCCCAUUUGUGUUUAG